AUGAGCACCGCAAAAGCGAAGCUAGAUAAAAAGUUAGGCUGGAUUCCCAAUCCACGUACAGAAAUGAACAAAUUCUUUAACAAUGUUUAUGAAUCAUCCUAUUUGGAGCGUGGAGGAGCAUACUGUCACAAGAAAAAGGACUUCACCCCAUGCCGAAUGCAGAUAUCAGUAUGACAAUGAGAAGAUGAUUUCAAAAAUCAAGAAGCAGGCAGAGCAUAUUAAGUAUGAAAGGGAUGAUUCGCAGGCUGGGUAUUUUCUCAGGUAAAACCGUCUGCUAAAACCGCAUGUGAUGGUGGAACAAUAAAACAGGAGAUUAUACGUAUAGAUGACCUUCAAGAAUUUAUUGACAAGAUUGAAAAGAUCCUAAAAGAACACCUUGAAAAAACCAUUCAUUCAAUAUCUGGGCGAAUUUUGACAGGACAUAAUACAGCUCAUGGUUUUGAUGUAGCUCAGUUAUCUCAGUUGCAGAGUGUGAAAACUGAAUUAACUACUCUACGUACCGGACUUGUAGAACGUCAGGAAACAUGUAAAUCUGUAUUCAGACACAGCUUUUCUGCAAUAAAGAGGAAGUCACGCUCAAGAAAGCAGAACAUUAAUAAGUGCAAGAAACGGAAGAAGGCGAAACAUUCAGAAAGAAAGAGAGAGAUACUCAGAAAAAUUGUACCAGAUUUACCAGAAGGAAAAAACAUGCAUAAAGGAAGAAGAUAUUCGGCCAGCAAUCGUCAGGGGACUCCGAAAAAGACAAAAAAGUGCGCAAAUCCUUUAGCUUCUUCAGAAUGCAAUCUUUUAGAAUAUGGUCACGCUAAGAAGAACUGCGUCGGAUCUUAGUUUGAAUGGAAACUGAAAAUGACCAUGGUAGCGAUGAUGAUGGUACUGUUGAUAUUGAUGGUGCUGUUGAUAUUGAUGAUAUUGAUGGUACUGAUGAUAUUGAUGGUACUAAUGAUAUUGAUGGUACUGUUGAUGUUGAUGGUACUGUUGAUGUUGAUGGUACUGUUGAUAUUGAUGGUACUGUUGAUUUUGAUGGUACUGAUGAUAUUGAUGGUACUG